AUGGAUACUCUCACUGUCACCGGAUUGCUUAAACAGGUCGCCAGAAAAUUCCCCUCCCGGCGUGCUAUCUCUGUUUCUGGAAAGUUCGAUCUCACCCAUGCACGGCUUCAUGAACUAGUUGAACGCGCCGCCUCUCGCCUUCUAGCCGCCGGUGUAAAGCCUGGCGACGUAGUGGCUCUUACCUUUCCUAACUCCGUUGAGUUUAUAAUUAUGUUUCUGGCUGUGAUUCGUGUCGGAGCCACCGCGGCGCCACUUAAUACUGCCUACACUUUAGAUGAAUUUGAGUUCUACUUGUCAGACUCAGAAUCGAAGCUUUUACUGACUUCGAAGGAAGGCAAUGAACCUGCUCAAUCCGCAGCUGCAAAACUGAACAUUCCUCAUGCCAAAGCCACGCUUGCAGAUGCCGAAUCGGAAGUUACUCUGUCAUUAACUCAGUUUGAGUCAUCUCCUGACUCACUUCCUGAACUCCUAAACAACCCUUCUGAUGUGGCACUUUUUCUCCAUACAUCGGGAACGACAAGCCGCCCCAAAGGCGUUCCGUUAACUCAGCACAAUCUAUAUUCUUCCGUGCAAAAUAUCAAAUCAGUGUAUAAACUUUCUGAGUCAGACGCUACGGUUAUCGUGUUGCCGUUGUUUCACGUGCAUGGGUUACUGGCUGGGUUGUUGAGUUCGCUUGGAGCUGGAGCUUCUGUGGUACUCCCUGCUGCUGGCAGAUUCUCAGCUUCCACAUUUUGGUCGGACAUGAACAAGUAUAAUGCCACAUGGUACACAGCUGUGCCCACCAUACAUCAAAUCAUACUUGAUCGCCAUCUCAGCAGCCCCGAGCCCAAUUACCCAAAACUACGAUUCAUUAGGAGCUGCAGCGCCUCAUUGGCUCCUUCCAUCUUGGCUAGGCUUGAAGAGGCCUUUGCUGCGCCAGUUCUAGAGGCAUAUGCGAUGACAGAGGCUACACACUUGAUGGCCUCCAACCCAUUGCCUGAGGAAGGACCACAUAAGGCUGGUUCAGUUGGGAAACCAGUAGGUCAAGAGAUGGCGAUAUUAGAUGAGAAUGGGGUGAAACAGGGGGUGAAUGCCAAUGGUGAGGUUUGUAUUCGGGGUCCAAAUGUGACUAAAGGGUACAAGAACAACCUGGAAGCUAAUAAAUCAGCUUUCCUAUUUGGGUGGUUCCAUACAGGAGACCUUGGGUUCUUCGACUCGGAUGGCUAUUUGCAUCUUGUUGGCCGAAUCAAGGAGUUGAUCAAUCGUGGAGGGGAAAAGAUAUCACCGAUUGAAGUGGAUGCUGUCCUUUUAUCUCUUCCUGACAUUGCUCAAGCUGUUGCAUUUGGAGUCCCUGAUGACAAAUAUGGGGAAGAGAUAAAUUGUGCAGUUAUACCCCGAGAAGGAUCAAACCUCGACGAGGCAGAGGUGUCUAGAUUCUGCAAGAAAAAUCUUGCAUUUUUCAAGGUGCCAAAGAAGGUUUUCAUUACCGAUUCUCUCCCAAGAACUGCUACAGGGAAAAUCCAGCGACGAAUUGUAGCGGAGCACUUCCUUGCUCAGAUAUCUACUGCUAAAGUCUCCAAGUUGGGAGCCUAA